AAUAGAUCAAGUUUUGAUUUAUGUGCAGCUAUUACUCGCUUACCAAAGAGGUGAAUUGGCAGCCAACUUGCACUGCGAUAAUCCGAGGCUUGACAUUCCGGCGCUCCAAGAUGGCAGGAUGAGAAUAGUGACCAAACAUGAGCCCUUCAAUCGUACAUUUACUGCCCUUAACAGCUUUUCCUUCACCGGCCCUAACGUCCAUUUACUUUUGAAAGGACAUUACAAACCUAAGAAUUAUAGGACGCGACCUGUUAUCACAGUAGGAUCCCAUAUUUGGUGACACUGUCUGGAAGACAGGAGACUGCAGUACAGAAAGUAAUGGACAGCAUCAGAGCAAAGGAGCUGGAUCCUGAGGAGAUAGCACUGUACCACGCCAACCAUAAGAGAGGUAUACAGAAACAUAUGGCGAGAGGAUACGGCAUAUACGAAACUGUAAAUCAUAAAACAAGGACCCAUUGUGAGAAGGUUGAAUACUUCGACGACGCUCGCAGGCCGCUGUGGUUCGUGUACAGCGGGAUGGGCUCGCAGUGGCCCGGCAUGGGAAAAGAACUCAUGCGUAUACCUAUCUUUGCUGCCGCCAUAGAUCGAUGCGACAAAAUUUUAAAACCAAAAGGUCUCGACAUAGUGAACAUUAUCACAAAUCCCGAUGAUACCAUAUUGGAAAAUAUUCUGUACUGCUUUGUGGGUAUUGCUGCUAUACAAAUCGGCCUGACUGACAUUCUGCGUGCCGUUGGCCUGGUUCCUGACCACAUCAUCGGUCACAGUGUUGGAGAGCUGGGUUGUGCUUAUGCGGACGGCUGUUGUACCGCUGAAGAAGUGAUCCAGAUGUCCUACAGUCGAGGUCUUAUUUCAACGGAGAUGACUUUCAUCAAGGGCUCCAUGGCCGCUGUAGGCUUGGGAUAUAAACAGAUUUCUAAGAUAUGUCCAUCAGAGAUAGAUAUAGCCUGUCACAACGGACCCGACUCCUGCACAAUCUCUGGUCCAGUCGAAGCAGUGCAUAAGUUUGUGUCGCAGCUGACUGAACAAGGCAUCUUCGCUAAAGAAGUCAAGUGCUCGAAUAUCGCUUACCAUUCACGAUAUGUUGCCAAGGCUGGUCCUAAGCUACUGCAAUACACUAAGCAAGUUUACAAGGAACCAAAACUUCGAAGUGAGCGCUGGUUGUCGACAUCUGUGGAGCGUGAUAAAUGGCAUGAAGCUGCUGCGAAAUAUUCUUCAGCAGAAUAUCACACUAAUAACUUACUGCGUCCGGUGCUGUUCGAGGAGACAUCCCGAUUGAUCCCCAACAACGCGGUGCUGGUGGAGGUGGCGCCGCACGGGCUGCUGCAGGCCAUCCUCAAGCGCUCGCUGCCGCGCGCGUGCCGCCACGUGCCGCUCACGCGCCGCGCGCACCCCCAGCCCGCGCGCCUGCUGCUCGACGCGCUCGGCACGCUCUACAUGGCAGGCUACGACAUGGACGUUAGCGCUCUGUAUCCGAAAAUCGACUUUCCAGUAGCAACUCAAACACGACAGCUGUCGCAUUUAGUUGAGUGGGCUCACACGGAGAAAUGGAGCGUAUCGCUGUAUGAGGUUACUGAUCAGAAGUAUACAGCAGUAUACAGACCAAAGUUGACAAUCCAUGAAGAGGAAUAUCAGUUUUUAGAAGGUUCAGUUAUUGGAGGGAAAAUAGUAUUCCCGGUCUCGGGAGCUCUCGUAUUUGUUUGGGAUACUCUGACGAUGAUAUCAGAGAUGCCAUUGCGCGACACGUCAAUAGAGUUCCACAACCUGACGGUCCACAAACAGCCGCUGUUGAACGAUACUCAAAUGUUAAGGCUAGUGGUCAUGCUCCAGCGAGGAAGUGGACAGUUUGAAGUCACAUGUGAAGGUAGUCCGGUGGUCGAAGGGAAAAUCGUGGCAGUCAAAACAAAUUACAAAGCUCCCUCAAUUGAAAUAGAAGAUGAGAUGAUGCUGAAUAGCUCGGAUAUCUACAAACUUCUCUUUGAAAGAGGGUUUGAAUGCAGGUGA